AUGCCCGGCGAUGAAUACGCCGCUGGCGGGGGCGGGAAGCUCAAACUCAAAGGCUCGAAAGUGAGCGAUGGGCGAGUGGAGAAGAAAAAGAAGAAGAAGGCCAAGAAGGAGGAAAAGGCUGUUGCUUCUGCUGGUGCUGGUGAGAAGGGGGGUGAUGAGUCUGCGACUGCGACUACCCCUGUGCCUGGCGCUGAAGAGUCAGCUGCUACUUCUACGCCUCAAGAGGGAGAAAGUGGUGGGGUGGUUGUUGGGAAGACGGAGGCGGAGCAGAAAUAUGAAGAUGCGAGGAGGAAGAGACUCCAAGAACGGCUGAAACGUGACGGGGUCAAAACGCACAAGGAACGAGUGGAGGAGUUGAACAAGUAUCUCAGUCGACUGAGUGAGCAUCACGACAUGCCGAAAAUCGGACCGGGUUGA